CCCUCAUUCUAUAAGAAAUGGAGAGGUCAAUUUCAUAUGUAUUAUUCGUCACCUUCUUUGUCAUGUCUACGCUAGUUAUGACUGAGGGACAAGGGAAUUUGUGCAGAGAUGGUCUAGGCACUUGUGAAAACUGUGACCAGAAAUGUAAAACUAAGCACGGACCAUCAAGCCAAAGCAACUGCGACCAUAGUGUUGGAGUGGCACUAUGCACGUGCUUUUACCAAUGUACUCCUCCGAAACCUUCGCCGCCGCCGACACGGCACACUUGCAACAAUGGAACUACUCUAUGCACUGAGUGUUCGGACAAUUGCUGUGACACAAACUGCGCAAAGUCGAAUAACGGUGGACAUCGAAUUGGUAAUUCCAUAGCCUUUCCCGUAUUCUUGUUGCUUGCGUUCGGCUGCUUGGGAAGUUUAUGAUGAUGGUUAUGCCGUGCCGUGCCGUGCCAGAGGAGAAAUUUCAGCUCUCUUAUGUCUGUUUGGAUUUGGUGACUUGGAAACUUUCACCAAAUUUCUACAAAUGUGUUUCCUUGUUUUUUUAUUCCUUUUUGCCAAGUAAACAUAAAUUAGGCUUUUGUAAACCCUAAAAUUUUCAUUUAUGAUAUUGACAGUUUAGCAACAAAAAAUGGUCAUGCCGUGUCUAAAUGUUUUUAUUAAUUGAUAUUGCAAUUUGACUGGUUGUAAUAGUUGGUGAAGGUAAUCUUGUUUACAGUUUUAGUUGAAGUAAGGUUGUAAAGGCACCGGUUCAUAUCCGGCUAAUAGCUCCAGUUUUUAUCCGACUUAGUCACCUAAAAGCUUGUCCGAGUCUUGUUUUGUGAUUGUUCCAUCCUAGUUUAGGAUGAUUUA